UUUCCAUAUCAGCAUUGUGUCGAUACUUAAAAGUUUCCCGAGUGUGAAAACAAUUUUGAAAUUUAACGUCAGUCCAUCUCGGACAUUGUUCUCAUAAACACGUCGAUGAUGCUGCUCUCUACAGGCUUAUGCCUAUUGCUGCUUCAGUCAGUUUUGGCGGAGCACUCAAGUACAUUCAAGUGGCCGUACAAUACCAGCCUCUUAAAAGUUAUUGGAGGACGACAUGUCCAGUACAGAGAACUUCCCUUCAUGCUGAGUCUGGAAAUGGAAGAUUAUGGCCACUUCUGUGGCGCGUCAGCAAUCGGAGAGUACUGGGGGUUAACUGCGGCUCACUGUGCUAUGAGCAGCGACAUGCAUGUAAUAGUCCGCGCGGGCUCCCUCACAGCCCAAAGAGGCGGCACCGUGCAUCACGUGGAAAGAUUCAUCACGCACAACAACUUCAACAUGAGGUUCAACUUUGAGAACGACAUUGCUCUCAUAAAGCUGAAGGAGCCGUUCUCCAUCAACCGCUACGUGCAGCACAUAUCACUGGCGAUGCAGGCAGAACCCGUGCACGAAGGGGAACGGUUCAACGUGUCCGGAUGGGGCUUCACCGUACCAGGGGACUUCGAGUCGUCCAGCUCGGAGCUGAAGGAGGCGGAGGUGGUGGUCCUGGAACCCAAGGAGUGCCAGAAGAACCCGAACGUGGGUGGCCAGAUCCUCAUCACGGAGAACAUGAUCUGUGCCCAGCAGAAGGAACACUCGGCGUACAAGGGAGACUCCGGGGGCCCGCUCUUCCGCGAGUUGGGGGACGGCCGCUGGAAGCAGGUGGGCAUCGUCUCCUGGGGCGACUCCUCUGGAAUGCAGGCUCACCCCGCCGUCUUCACCAGGGUCUCCUCCUACCGCCUCUGGAUAUUCCUCAAGACCGGGAUAUAAGGGAGCAGCGUCCAGCGACAUGGCUCGUCCGACGCCACACGCACCAAGCGAAUCCCAGCCAAUCUGAAAAAAAAUUUUUUUUAACAGGAUUUGGAACAAGUAUGCUAUUGCAGGGGUGCACAUACCGGUAGGGAGGUCCAUAUGAAGCUUCCCUUCCGGGAUUUAAACAAUAAAAAAAAAAGCAGAAGACAUAAAAAGAAAAUAACUUAGCUACAUAGGUUUACAGAGAUAUUAUUGCAAUCCUUAGUAAGCUACAAUAAUGUAUUUCCUGUUCCUUACAGUCAGACAGGCCUCAUGCACAGAAGCAUCGAGAAUUUUGUGCCCAUGUAGUCUUUAGUUAAUGAAGAUUUGUGUUUAUGGUAAUGUAGGCAUGUACUUAUGAAAAAAAAAAAAUUGAAAACCAUAAAAAUAAAAACCUACACAUAAAA